AUAACUCCGUGCAAGUAAAAAAACCCAAAUCCCAAUCCCGUCCCUCCACACGCCACCACCAUUAUUCCGCGGAAACCUCCGUCCCCAACUCCCUCGCGAUUACCACCAACAAAUUCCCCAACCAUUGCCACCCUGCCCGCUCCCCAUUCCCGCCUAGGGUUCCUCGCCAGGGAUGGAGGGGUGGGCCUCCGCGGCGGCGUACAAUGCCGCCGCGCUGGCGUCCGCGGCGGCGGCGACGGUGCUGGCGCUGCGGCUCGUUCACCGGCACCUCCUCCACUACGCCGAGCCCACGCACCAGCGCUUCAUCGUCCGCAUCAUCCUCAUGGUCCCGAUAUAUGCAGUGAUGUCAUUUCUUUCCCUUGCCUUACCGAAUAACGCGAUCUACUUCAAUUCUAUUCGAGAAAUCUAUGAUGCUUGGGUCAUCUACAAUUUCUUCUCACUUUGCCUGGCAUGGGUAGGAGGUCCUGGUCAUGUGGUGGUAAGUUUGAGUGGCCGAUCUCUGAAACCCGCAUGGUUCCUGAUGACUUGCUGUUUACCAGCUAUUCCUCUAGAUGGGCGUUUUAUACGGAGAUGCACACAAGGUUGUCUGCAGUUUGUGAUCCUGAAACCAAUAUUGGUUGUUAUUACGUUCAUACUUUAUGCGAAAGGAAAAUAUGAAGAUGGAAACUUCAGUGCCAGUCAAUCUUAUCUAUACAUAACUUUCAUCUAUACAGUAUCAUACUCUAUGGCACUGUUUGCUCUGGCACUGUUCUAUGUGGCAUGCAGAGAUCUACUUCAGCCAUAUAACCCUGUCCCAAAAUUCAUCAUGAUCAAAUCAGUUGUAUUUCUCACGUAUUGGCAGGGUGUGCUGGUUUUCCUUGCUGCAAAAUCUGGAUUCAUAAAAAGUGCUGAGAAAGCUGCUUAUCUCCAAAACUUUGUGCUAUGUGUUGAGAUGCUCAUAGCAGCCAUUGGGCACCGAUUUUCCUUCUCCUAUAAAGAGUAUGCCGGUUCCAAUGCCUGUCCUUUUGGUGGUCUCAGGGGAAGCCUUCUUCAUGCUCUGAAAUUCAAUGAUUUCUAUCAUGACACUGUUCACCAGUUUGCACCUACAUAUCAUGAAUAUGUGCUCUACAGUAACGAGGGAGAGGAUGAACCGACAAAAUAUGGCCCCAAGACCAUCAUGCCAACUGGAGAGCACAUAGAUCUGGCGGAAGUCACUGUUGUGAGCUCAAAAGCUCCAGUGGUGUCAAGCUUAUUGCUGAAUGAGGCAGAUCAGGCAGAAACAAUGCCCUCUCAAAUCAUGGAAGUAAAAACCGCUGCUUCUGCGGAACCAUACGACCUAUCAAACUUCCUCAAUGUAGAGUUAUCUGAUUACCGUGACAAGGUUCCUGCUAUUCCUGAUGAAAGGAAACAGUGAUCAAGUGUGAUGUAUAGCUGUGUACGUACAUAACGCUGUACAUAGAAAUGUGUCAUGUAUUGUUUUUGCUUCGUCACCCCCCACCCCCCCCCCCCCCCGGCGGUUAAAGGGGCUUGUUCAUGUUUUGGUUAAGAGUGAGCUGGCUGACAGAUUAACAGGUGUCGACGGAAUCUGAAAUAUCGGGAGAAGUGAAAGCAACAACAUACUCAGAUUUGCAGUUGCUGAUGAGACAGGUCUGUUGAAUGUGAAAUGUGUAUUGAUCUUUCUCAAAAGGUUCGUGAGGAUUGUUUUGUAUGUUGCACUAACUAUAGGUUUGCACUAGAUAUAUGAUGUAUCCUUUUACUGCUAUGGCAAGGUGUUGCUUUCACUUUU